GCGUGGCGGCCGCCGGUGCUGCCACCUGCCGAGGCCGACGACGGCCUGCUGUGGGCGGUGCCAAAGCACCGCCGCACUGUGGAGCGUCGCACCACGCGCCGCUUUGGCGCCGAGAACUGGCCCAACGGACGCAAGUUGAUACAGCCCAAGCGCGGCCUGUUACUGUGUUUCAAGUGCGGUGGCCACCACCUCCCCGGCAUGCUGUGCAUGACCUGCUACAGUCGCGUGAUGGAGGAGACGCGCGAGAUGCAACGCGCCGUGGCCGCCGACCAGGGCCUGCAGCCGCCCGACCGCGAGGUGGCGGUGGUGUACCGGGGCGAGCGCGAGACAGUCGACGAGCAGCGGGCGCAGGUGAGACACCGACGGUUGCGGCUGGUGGAGCUACCCAAGGAACGGCCGCAGUGGUUCAGUAAGAACCUCUCGCAGAAGGUGACGCCGCCGCCGGUCGAGACGGCGGCCGUCAAGCCCUCGGACCUGGGCUGAGAGAGCGGGCGCUGCCGCGACUCUGGCCGACCAGCGGCCGUCUGAUCCCGGCCUGAUCCGCGCAGGCGGCGGUGCGGGGGUCGCAUCCACGGGCCGGAGCGAGAGAUAAGGGCGUGGUGGCACCCGCUUGGCUGCCUCAGCCCGGCCCGCCGCGUGCCGUCUGGUGCUCGUAGUUGGUGUGUGACCGUGUCCACUGGCCCGGGAUCAGACGAGGCGAGGGGCGAGAGGUUCGCUGUGUAUGCAGGACGACGCUAAGAAGGCGUUCGGAAUUGGUGAUGUGAGUUAGGAGAGCAGUGAUUGGCUAGUGUGAGUUAGCUUUGCUGAAUGGUCGUGCUGUGUUAAUAAAGGCUUACCU